AUGUUGGUGACAAAAACAGCCAUCUCCAUAAAGCACCAAUCAGAUGGCUUCAUUCUGGCACGUGAUCUCACCGCCUCAGUUGAAAGAGAAGAUAGCAGUGAACUGAGCUAUUCUGGUACAGGUCAAAAGUGGUCAUGUGGCCACAGAGGGAAGAAAAAUUGCAGUUUAUUGAAGAUGCAAGAGAUAAAUAGGUUUCAUAGUGCAUUUUAUUCUGAAAAGACAAAAGCCAGUCAAGAUGCUUUCAUUCCUACGAAUUGCGCAGCAAAACAACCAAAUGGAACCAGAUCAGGAGACGGAUCAAGACAUACUAAAGGCGUAACUUACCAAUAUUGUAUUGAAACAACAGCAGAAAAUAGAUUAGAGAUAUGUAGGAACACCUUUAUUAAUGUAUUGGAAAUCACAAAACACAGAGUUAAAGGGGUUGGUUUGUUAACGUCAAUUUCUAUUAUAAAUAGUGUAAUUCCUCUAUUACCUGUAAGUGGUGUUACAUUUUUAAGUUUUUCUGUACUAAUUUGGUUUGGAUCCCUUUGCAUUACCUUUUUCUAUUUACAUAAGUUGUUGCAAAGAAAUGAACCACUAGAAAUUAUUAAAGUAAGUAAACACAGCAAAAAGGAUCAUAUUAGUGUAAAACCAGACCCGAAAAAGCUGAAUGGCCUAGUUGGAGAUAUUGAUAAAUAUUUUUUAAGUAUCUGGUAUGUGUAUAUAAGUAGUGAUGCUGAAUUUACUAAGGAGAGUAGAGUAUUUCUUGAAGAUGUUAUCAAGAGGUUAGUAGAGGUCCAAUCAUGUGUACAUAAUAAGGUUUUAACCCACAGCAUAUUGAAUAUAUUUUUGAGACACUUAAAAGAGUACAGAAGAGGAUUAAAAAGAAAGGAAAAGUACACUGGAAAUAUUGAAGAACUGUAUAGAUAUUCACACAUUAUUAGUACAAAUCCGAAAGUUAAGAAUUAUUUUGUUCAGCAACUGACAACGAAUGUUAUGAGACACUUUAUUAAUUCAGAACUGUGGAAUUCACUUCCUUGUCAAGUAUUAGUAUCAAUAGUAGCUAGAAAACUAAUUUUAUUUCUUAUUAAUUUCGUCUCAAAUCCAGAAGUUUUAAAUUACAAACUUCUAAAUUUAUUAGCUUCAAAAUUUAUAAGGGAAAAAUAUAAUUUAGAUAGAUAUAGCAGAAUUUGUGUCUCUCAGUAUUAUAAUGUAGUUGAUUCUAAAAUGAUUAUUGAAGAUGAACUGCCAAUUGAACAAAAAUCAUCACCAACUGUUACUUUUAAUGUGCAACUUAACGAGAAUGUAGUAUCGGUUGAGAACAAACCCAGUGAACAAGGAACUGAAGUUAGAAAAAGAAAGAAUGGCAUUGUGACUCAACAAAAAAUAAAGAAGAAAGCCGAAAUACCUAAGAAAGUCGACAGUGCAGAAGAAGUAAAAGAAGAACAUGUGCGAACUGAGAAGCCGCCUCCCAGUGCACCUGUAAAAAUCCAUGAGCCUAGGUUAACAAGAAGUACAAAGACUUACGCAGACACUAGAGACUUGGCAUUUGGCAUAUCAUUGGGGCAAGACCCUUUGGACGCUCUACCCCUCACAAUGGAAAAUAUGAAAAGUAAAAUGGAACACGUCGAAGACUCGGCUAAUCUGUUACUAAGUGAAGUGAAACAAACGACUCAGUCUACUAUGGAAGGCCUUAAAAGUUCCAUUAAGCCUAUAAGUGAUGCAACUGUACAUACUCUGCAUAACAUCAAAGAUCUUCAAGAGUCUACUAUGAAUAAUGCUUUACACAAAAUAGGUGACUUUCAGGAUGAGGCAGCUGGUGUAGUAGAAGGUAUCUUAGAUUUUGGACGAGCGGGACUUCGAAAAGGUCUAAGACUCACUGGUCUACACGACAACAUAGAACAAGCUAAGGCAAGUUUGAGCUUGUCACAAUCCAGCAAAAAUCCGCCAAAGAAGAAAUCCAAUAAGACUUUCACUGAACAUCUUAGAAUCGUUUGUCAUUACUGA